UCGGAGGGAGCGCGGCGAGGCGCUCAGCCCCGGGGCUAUGAGCUCGCCGCCGCCGGAGGCCGAGGCGCGGGGCGUCUUCCCCGCGGCUGCAGGUGAGAGCGGCGUCGGCGCGGGGCGCGGAACGGCCGCGGAGUUUUGCGUGGCGAAUUUCGCCGCCCGCCCCAUCCCGUCCCAUCCCAUCCCGGGACGCGGGCUGCCGGGAAGGCACCGUGCCAGGCGGUCUCGAGGGGGACGUGGGAGGGCAAAGCGGAGCCCGUCCGUCCCGCGGCCGGUCCCUUUGCGCAAGAUAACUCCUGCUUCGCUUCAUAUCUGCAAGCAGUCAGAGACAUGUUCAGCUCGUGAUGUCCUCUUCAUUUGUGCAAGAUAUAAACUGGAAAAGGAAGGCAAAAGGAAGGCAAGCAAAAAGAAAAUUACCUAGAAUUACGCCAAUGGCUUUUUCAUUAUUAAUUCCUCAGCUGGAAGGGUUUUUCCUACACACUUCUCAGCUAAGAUGAAUGCUUUUGUACAAAGAUAAUGGGUUGUUCACCCUGAAAAUGUUAGUCAGGUAGUAUUUCAUAUGGAAAUACAAUGUACAGUUGAAAUGGCUUUCAUGAAUCAAAAAAGAGUCUGCAGGUUACAGCUGCAUGUACACUCCAAAAUUGGCAAAAACAUCAGUCAUUAUCCAAAGCCAUGCAUCUUCAAUGCUGAAUAAAAGAAAUAUAUAUGAGACGAGAUAUGUAAUUCCACAAGACUGAGGUAGGGGUAUGUAUGUUAUCCAAGGUAGAGACUUGCUUGAGUUUACUCGUAAGUUGGCUCACAUUUAGAGAACUGAAAGAAAUUUCAGGUGGUUGUAAAAGUCACUGUUGUCUGCAGAUCAGAUCAUAUUGUUUUCAGAUGAUUGCUAGCAACACAGAGGCACUGACUCAGGAAAAUAAAAAGUAAAAAGCUAUUUAAUUUUUUUACUAAUAUUUCUAUAAGGAGAAUGCUACCAAACUGAAAACUGCUGGUAAUACCAGUGUCAAAAUAGAGAGACAUUGGGUCACUUACAGAGUCUUUAAUCUGCUUCCUUUAAAGAUCGUUGAGGCACAGGUAGUUUCAGGUAGUGUUAAUCAUCUUUUAAAUGAGUUUUCCCUAUUUCACAAGAGACUGAGAAAAAUUAAACAGAAAUCACUUGCAUUAGUACCACCAGCUCAUACAAGCACGACUGUAAUAUUUCGAUGAUCCAAAUUCACGUAUCCGGUGCUUACAUCUCUUUUAGAUGUUCUUAAAAAGCACUUCAGCUCAAUAUUGUGAGAAGUUGGCAAGGCUUAGUUCUCACACAGUAGUGAAGGCAUAAGAACUUGCCAUAUCUUACUUAUAUUUUUAAGUAAGUAUGUCUCAUUUCACCUGAGAUUACAGGUGCAGAAAUUACAUCUCAAAGCACUAUAAGGGAAUAUUCUGAGGGCAUUGGAUGGUUCAGUUCCCAAGUGGCAACAGGUAGUGGGAGCAUACUACUGGUGGUGUAAAGGAAGGAGCACAGCUGCAAGUGUAGAGGAAAUCAAUAAUGUUACUUUGCUUUGAAGACUUCAUGAUACAGUCCACUGGGAACAGCUGCAUUCCCAAGGAGACCUACCUUUUUUUGGUUGCCAAAUUUAGCCCUUUCCUCAAAAGGAAAAAAAUAAACCAUUUCCUAAAAAUGUGUACUUUGGUUUUGUUUUGAACUUUGUCUUAAGAUUUUUAAACACUUAAGCAAGGACAGGACACUGGCACUUAGGGGGAUUUAUACUUCAAAACUUUUAUAUAGGCAGGUUUUUAAGUUAAACUGGCAUUUUAAACUGAAUUUUACUGUUUUUCCUCUAAAAUGAAGACUAAUCACAUCAAGAUUCUGUAUGUGGAAUAACUUUGUGCUGAACUAGGAUUCAACGUUAGAUGCUUCUGUGCUGAAUACUUAGCAAUUCCUUAAAUUUUCCAAUGAUUGGGUGGGGUUUGCAUGUAGUACAAACUGCGAUCCCAGUUUUAAGUAAAAUUACUUUGUUUGGGUGACUUGGACACAGUUUUCCUUUCUGCAUGAGUGCUAGUUAAAAUAUGUUCAAUACUUUGUAGAGGAUGGCUUGUAUAUGCACCAUAUUAGGAACUCCAUCUUGAGGCGCUGACAGUAGAUCUCCUUAGAAACUGAUCAUCUUUGAAAGCUCUUACCUACUUUGUGUCAAUUUUCUACUAGCAAGGUAAGAAAUACUACUGCAGUUGCUAACAUAUGUCAAAACUUCAUAUGUUUUCAGGUGCUCUCAUUAUAGUUCGCUGUCAUGUAAUGACUAGGCACAUGCCCAGAUGGUAGCUGUAAUUUCCUUACUCAUAUCAAUGAUCUGUUAUUCACAUGAGUAAUCUCACUGACUGUAAAUGGAUUGCUUCUGAAGCUAACUGUUCCUUCGCAAAGAGCCUGGCAAUAUGGUCUAUAGCGAAGCAUAGCUAAAACCCAGCUCCAUAACGCCAAUCUUUAAAGUUGUAAUUGUCCAAUCAUGGAUUGGUUUGGGUUGGAAGGGCCCUUUAAGAUCACCUAGUUCCAACCCCCUGCUAUACGUAGGGACAUCUCCCACUAGACCAGGUUGUUUACAGCCCCAUCCAGCCUGGCCUUGAAUGCUUCCAGUGAGGGGGCGUCUACACCCUCACUGGACAACUUGUUCCAGUGUCUCCCCACCCUCACAGUAAAGAAUUUCUUCUUAAUACCUAGUCUACCCUCUUCCAAUUUAAAGCCAUUUCUCCUCAUCCUGUCGUUACCUGCCCUUAUAAAAAGUCCCUCCCCAGGACUUUGAUAUGAGCAGCCAGCUACUAGAUCUAGGUGCACUGAAUGCCAUGUGACAAAAUCUACCAAAGGAAUUUGCAUUAACCUGAAUGGCAUAGCCAUUGCCUUACACCAUAAUAACACCUCUAUUAAUUCGCUUACAUUAAGGUGAUGCAAAGUAAAAUUAUAUUUCUGUACGGUCUACUGUACACCAGUAUCAUAUUUCCUUCAGUUGCUAAUCGUUGCCUUUCUUGUUCUAAGCAGGACUAUAAAAUGGAUUUAGGAUUCAAAGACUAUACCAACAGGACACCUACCAAGAACACUUCUGCUACUACAAAGAAUUUUUCUGCCUGGGAGGACUACAAGAGCAGUGUUGAUGACAUACAGUACUUUCUUAUUGGGCUGUACACACUUAUAAGUCUGGCUGGCUUUGUGGGAAACCUGCUUGUACUAACAGCUCUAACAAAACGCAAGCAGAAGACAAUAAUAAACAUUCUCAUCGGUAACCUGGCCUUUUCUGACAUCUUAGUUGUCCUAUUUUGUUCUCCUUUCACGCUGACGUCUGUACUCCUUGAUCGGUGGAUGUUUGGCACUGUCAUGUGCCACAUAAUGCCCUUCCUUCAGUGUACAUCUGUUCUAGUUUCAACUUUAAUGCUAAUAUCUAUUGCUGCAGUCAGAUACCGUAUGGUAAAAUAUCCCCUCUCCAGCAACUUAACGGCAAAACAUGGCUAUUUCUUAAUAGUUAUCAUUUGGGCCGUUGGCUGUGCCAUUUGCUCCCCUCUUCCAGUUUUCCACAAAAUCGUGGACCUCCACAAAACCCUCAAUUUAGAGGCACUGGAGAACAGGCUCUUGUGUAUUGAGUCAUGGCCUUCUGACUCAUACAGAAUUGCCUUUACCAUAUCCUUACUGCUCAUGCAGUACAUACUGCCACUGGUGUGCUUAACUGCUAGUCACACCAGUGUCUGCAGGAGUGUAGGUUCCCGGCUGUCCAGCAAAGAAGGCAAAUUCCAAGAAAACGAGAUGAUAAACCUCACGCUUCACCCAUCCAAGAGUGCGGGCACUGAGGCACAGCCAUCCAACCACACCAGCUGGAGCUGUGCCCUGGUCCGAAAGCACCACAGAAGGUACAGCAAAAAGACAUCAACGGUGAUGCCAGCUAUCUUAAGGCAGCAGCAGGAUGCUGAUUUCAGAGACCUCCCAGAAACCUCUGGCACAGAAAAAAGCCAGCUUUCUUCCUCUAGUAAAUUCAUCCCAGGUGUACCUAUCUGUUUUGAGAUGAAACCAGAGGAAAAUACAGAGAUCCAGGACAUGAUUACGGUAUCCCAAUCCAUCAUCAGAAUUAAAACAAGAUCCAGGCGAGUGUUUUGCAGACUGACAGUGCUAAUCCUAGUUUUUGGUUUUAGCUGGAUGCCUCUUCACCUUUUCCACAUUGUGACGGAUUUUAAUGCUACUCUCAUUUCUAACAGACAUUUUAAAUUAGUGUAUUGCAUAUGUCAUUUACUUGGUAUGAUGUCCUGCUGCUUGAAUCCCAUCCUCUAUGGGUUCCUUAACAACAGCAUAAAAGCUGAUUUAAUGUCCCUUAUUCCAUGUUGCCAAAUACUUUAAUUUUGUAAGCCUCAAGAUAAAAUAAAGAAAUUUGGCUUUCGUGCAUACUAAUGCAUAUAGCUUUAUGAACUGUAUUAAGCUUAAUUAGUCUGAUUUGGUUGUGAUUAGUAGCAUCUCAUGUGAAUGGGUUCUAAGGCUGCAUGUAUUUCUUGCAUUGGCCAGGCUGUAUGAGUGUACUAUACUGUUCUUCUAUCUGUUACACAUAGAAAAUCAUACCCAGUGUACAAAACCAGAGUACAGAUUUCGUUACCUGAAAUAUUGCCAGUCUGUACUUUGGAAAUAUACAAAAUAUAAAAUGAGUCAUAAAUGUGAGAAUACCUAGACUGAUCAGUAUUAACAAUCAUACAUCUAAUUAUAAUAAAAUACCUAUCUUUCACUAAGUUUCUUGUUGAGACUACUUCAGUGCCAACUUUGACUGUUUUCUAAAUUAAUAGAAAGUCUGUUUCUAGAUGGGAUUAGAAAAAUAUUUUUCCCUUGCUCUUUAACUCAUAUUUUGCAAUACCUUUACACCAUCUUUUGCUGCUUCUUCCCAGGUUGCCCCAUUCCCUGAAAUGAGUUUGGGGGCAGUUAUUAUUGUUGAGAUUGUUUCUGUCUAACUCUGUUUACCCAAUACAAUACAUCUCUGAUUAUCUUAGCGAA